AAUCCUCUUGAUAUGCAUAAAUGUAGCGUACGAAUAACUACUGAAGUUAUGCUCUCUGAAGUAGAUACAGACUUACCUAUGCAUAUGAUUAUUAGUGAGGCACGUGAUUUGGCAAUUUUAAAUCGUCGAGCUAACAAAAACACAACCAAAGAAGUUAAAAUGAAGCUUCUUGCACCUCAUAAUGGUGCUUCACCAAAUGAACUACAAAAGUUAUAUAACAAUCAAAGAAUUGCUAAUCAUUAUCGAUAUCCAAUUGCUAUUGCAUUUAAGGUUGUAGGUAGAAGCAGAAGUAAAGAGGAAGCUAUAGAGCUUGGUCAUGCUUAUGAAUUAUUUAUUAGAACUCUACCACUUUCAGAAAUUACUAAAGAAUGUUUGUGCAAUAAUAUAUUUGCUAAUUGGUUAUCUGAAGAAUAG